AUGGCGCACAACGACGAGAACGAAGCAAUUUCCGCGCUCUCGGGCUUCUCCUUGAACCAUCUGCUGGGUGAAUUGUCACUUCCCAGUGGGUCAGGGUUGCAAAGUCAGCUCGGUAUAGGCGGAGUCUCUGCACUCAGUUCAGAGCAGAUCUACAACAACAAAUGGACCGAGGAUGAAGGCGCAGUCGGUGCGGAGGAAGGAGAUGACUGGGAAGAUGAAGUAGACCGAGAGUUGAGAGAGGAAGAAGUCGCGAACCCCGUCAAGAUUGAGGUCCAUUCUCCUGGUGGCUUUCGACCGAAGCAGAAACGCACGCGGAUUGUGAAGCGUCUCAUAGAACGGCCCAAGACAGUAUACGAACGCUUCCCGUCGUUUGAGAAAGAUAAAGUCCUAGAUUUCAGUGACCUAUUUAAGGGAUACACGGCUCGAAAGUCGCGUCUAUCGAGGCGCCCUUUUCUUGUCGAGACUGUAUAUCCACGGAGAAAGGAAGUGACCAAGGGGUUUCUGGAGUCAGUUGUUGGGACGUCAAAACGCCAGGAAGAGACCAAGCGAGCUGCAGAGGUUUCAUCCGGGAACGUUGAGAGCGACCUAUUGAAGGCUCUUGAAGAACGCGACAAAUCAAAUCUACCAGUCUCUCUGCCCCUCCAUGACCGCACAUUUGACCUGGUGCUAUUGUCGAACUGGGAAGAUCAAAUCAUGUACGACCCAGCGCCGGCCAGUCAGCACUCCCAGACAACCGAGCGCAGUCUGACCACACCUAUCAAUAAAGUCCUGGAGUCUGGGGCUUGGACACAGAGUAUCAUUUGGAGCCCUCGAGCACCGUUCAGGGACUUCACUCAAUUAGAGUUCAAUCAUGAAGAUGAUGUGGUUCCGGAAGAUCGAGCUGAUUCUUUGAGGCCUCGCAAGCGCGUCAGACUUGAUGCUGGGCAGCGAGACAAGUUCAAUUUAUCGAACGAUCAUUUGUACGAAGUGUCGAAAGACGGCGCCAAACAUCGCGUUCGCCAAACAUUUAGUCAAUUGGUCGUCGAGCAUGCAUACCCUGCUCAGAAACUUCAACUACCCUUCUACAAGACACGGCUUUCGAAACAAGAAGCUCGUUCUUUCCAUCGACCUGCCCUUCAAUUCCCUGCAAAUAUCGAACUUCAUUUCAGCAAAGUUAGAACAGCCAAGAAGAAGAAGGAUAAUUCUGGUAGGAAGUUGGGCAAGGGCGCCAAUAUCGGAGAGGUCAUGCACAGGACCAGUGAUCUCAGUCUUCGUGAUACGUCCAACUUCGUCUUAUGGGAAUAUUCGGAAGAGCACCCGCCAAUUAUAUCAAACUUUGGCAUGGGGAGCGCGUUGGUCAAUUACUACCGUAAGAAAGAUGAGAAAGAUGAACACGUUCCGAAGUUCGACCUAGGAAUCCCGUUCGUCCUCGAGCCCCAGGACGAAUCUCCGUUCAUGAAAUUUGGUUAUGUCUACCCUGGUCAGACCAUCCCUGCCAUGUACAACAACCUAAUUCGUGCUCCACUGUUUCGGCAGAAGCCGUAUCCCACCGACUUUCUUGUCGUGAGGAAUACCGUCAAGGGUGAGACGAAGUAUUACCUGAGGGAGAUAAAGAAUCUCUUCGUGGUUGGCCAGACGUAUCCCGUCACUGAGGUUCCUGGCCCUCAUUCCCGCAAGAUCACUAACACCCUCAAAUUUCGUCUACAAAUCAUCGCCUUCAAGCUACUCAAGAAAAGCCCAGGCGAACGACUCAAGAUUUCUAGGCUCAUGAAGUAUUUCCCCGAUCAAAAUGAGCUUCAAAUGAGGCAACGCUUGAAGGAAUUCAUGGAGUAUCACCGGCGCGGCCCUCACCAAGGCUUUUGGCGACUGAAAGCUAAUUGGACGCUGCCAAAUGACCCAGAGAUGCUCAAGAUGGUGGGCCCAGAGCAAGUGGUACUUACCGAAAGCAUGCAAGUUGGUCAGCGCCACUUGCAAGACUCCGGGUAUAGUGGUGUAGCCGAUACGACCGACGACGACGAGACGAAACUGUCGGUUGAACAGCAACUUGCUCCAUGGAUUACAACCAAGAACUUCUUGUUCGCAACACAGGCUAAGGCUAUGCUUAGGCUUCAUGGGGAAGGAGACCCCACUGGUCGUGGAGAAGCUUUCAGCUUUAUCCGAAUCUCCAUGAAGGAUAUAUUCGUCAAGGCUGGUGAAGACUAUGAACAGAAGCUCGCUGAGGCAGAAAAUCGUCCGAAGUCUGCUCAUCGGUACAACGUCGCCGAACAACAGCAAAUAUACAAAUCAGAAAUCGAGCGGAUUUGGAAGGCUCAGUUCGACUCGCUCAGCCGUAAGGAUGAACCGCAACUCACGGAGGAAGACAUCAGAAGGGAUCGAGACGAGACAAAACGAAUACAAGCUCAGCACAACAUGAGGAGGGAUGGAAGCAGGGCUUUCUCGCCUGGGAUGUCGCCCAUGCUCGCUGGUCCAUCCUCCCCUCCCUACAGCCGAGCUUCCUCAGUCGACAGGGACAGAGAGAUGAGUAUGGGUCCAGAUGGAAGUCGUAAGGUUCUACGUAUCAGGCGUUUGAUCGACGGCGAGUGGCAAACGGAGAUCAUCCGCGACCCUGCAGUCAUCCGAGCAUACAUCCGUGGUCGACAACUUCUCGAGGAAGAACAAACCAUGGCGGAUAGCUUGGCGCCUACAGGCGACGCAGACAAGGACAAGCGAGCCAAGAAGAGACUGGAAGAAGAGAUAGCUCGCAUGAAGAAGAACCAAGAGCGUCGGCUACAUAGGAAGAACGCCAAGAUCAUCAAAGAGGGGGGUACACCUCUACAACUGAGCCGGCCUUUGAAGCCAGAUACAACGCGGCGAUGCGGGCAUUGCGGGCAAAUGGGCCAUAUGAAGACCAAUAGGAAAUGUCCUCGAUGGGCUGAAUUCAGCAGCGGCACGCCACCCGUACCCGUGACCCCAGCGUCCGCGGGUAGUCCACCGCCGCCAGGUUCGGCGACUAUACCUGGGCUAAACUUCAACAGAGGUCCAGGGAGUACGCCGUUCGGCUUUCACGCUGCUGCAGUCUCUUCUCCGCUUGCAACAAGCCCGCCUAUGUCCGCAAAGGAGGACGGGGUGCCUUCAACUCCUUCGGCUAGUGGUCCACCAAAAAUCAAGCUGACGCUCAAGCCAAGAACCUGA